UGUUCAACUGUUAUUUCAAUGAAUUAGUUUCGUAGUCGGAUGAAUGAGGUAUUUGACCAGUAUUCGACUUUGUUGAAUUUCUUCUCAAAUAUUCUAUGCUAUAAAAAUGACAAACGCGACCUUUGCGAUAUUACUGGUCGGUUGCGCCAUAGCAUCUGCUUUGUAUUAUUUCUUUGGAAGCAGUGAAGAACAACCGCAACCGCAACAUUCUUAUAACAAUGGUAGAAGCAGAAGUCCAAGAAAUGAUACCUAUGACGAUAAGGACGAAUAUAGAGAUGGUUGGCCAAGUAGAAGGCUGUGUAGGUCUAGUAGAGGAAGAUCUGACGGGAAUUGUUCUAUAUGCUUAGAACCAGUAAUGCCAGGGCGUAAUUUGAAGACAACGCCUUGCAAUCAUGUUUUUCAUGAGGACUGUCUUUAUGGAUGGAACGGCCAAAAAGAUAAGAAAUCGUGUCCAAACUGCAGACAAUUAUUAUAAUAAACUGUGAAAUUCCACUGAAAACAUGGUUUGAGUAUAAUGCUU